GCCUAAAAUAGAGAGGGAUAUAGACUGCAAAUCCACGGCUCGAGGGCUAAAACCUUCCAAUCCAGCCUCAGCCAACACCGCGCUGAUGUGAAGUCACCCCCACCUCUCGCACACGCACACACACACGCACGCACACGCACCCCACGGCGAGGGGAGGGUCCCGGGGAUCGCAGCCCAGGUGACAGUGCCUCCUCUUCCCGCCGGCCACUGCUGGGCGGCCGCGAGGGCAGCAGCGCCGGUCUUUGGGGCGCAGAGAGUCCUCGCUGGGCGGUGGCGGCGGGAUUGAGAGCCGAGGAACGGAGCUGCCGGAUCCUCGCCCUGCGGAGUCCCCAGGAUUACAAGGAAUUGCGUGCUCCUUCCCAGACGCGAGCGAGGGCUAUCCCAAAGAGCCAACCUCCUUUGCGCCCUACUGUCCAAAAUAAUCCCUUGGACCCUUGAGAAGACAGGGGGGCUUUCGGGACCAUGGCAUCGACAGAAGGGCUGAAGGACUUGCUGAGCUGAUUUAAAUAACCUGACACAUGUCUGGGAGGGUGUGCAUGCAAGUGUCCCGUUACCUGGACAAAGGAAGGAACUGGCUCUCUGCAGUGUCCCCUAAACAGUUGGCUUGGGACAAGUGGAAGGUUAGAAAGUAUUACCUUUGGUUGCUUUAGAAAAAGGACAAUCCCCUAGGUCUGACAGAGGACAAAUCUGUGGGGCUCUUCUGGCUCUUCAUGGGACUAUGACAGAGUGCUAACAAUAUGCCUAAGCAAGUAGAAGUGCGGAUGCAUGAAAGUCAUUUAAGCCCAGUGGAGCACAGAUCCAGGAACAUAUGUGUGCAGUUCUGUCAGUCCCUCCACAGGAAUCUGCUCCUGACUCUUACUGUGUUCGGUGUCAUCCUGGGUGCACUGUGUGGGGGUCUUCUUCGUCUAGCAACACCUAUUGACCCUGACAUCAUCAUGUUAAUAGCCUUCCCAGGAGAUAUACUUAUGAGGAUGCUAAAAAUGCUGAUCCUCCCUUUAAUUAUCUCCAGUUUAAUCACAGGACUAUCUGGUUUAGAUGCUAAAGCAAGUGGCCGAUUGGGUACAAGAGCCAUGGUCUACUACAUGUCCACCACUAUUAUUGCUGCUGUGCUGGGUGUGAUUUUGGUUUUAGCCAUCCAUCCAGGGAAUCCGAAACUCAAGAAACAGCUCGGUCAAGGGAAGAAGAAUGAUGAAGUAUCUAGUCUGGAUGCUUUCUUGGAUCUGAUCCGAAACCUGUUCCCUGAAAAUCUAGUCCAAGCUUGCUUUCAGCAGAUCCAAACUGUCACUAAGCAAGUGCUGGUGCCACCACCCAUUGAAGAACCACCUAAUGUCACUGACUCUGCCUUUGCUAUGAUGAAUGAGACAUUGCGUGAAGCACCACCAGAAGCCCAGCUGGUCAUUAAGAAGGGACUUGAAUUUAAGGAUGGCAUGAAUGUCCUGGGUUUGAUAGGAUUCUUUAUUGCUUUUGGCAUUGCUAUGGGGAAAAUGGGAGAACAGGCCAAGAUCAUGGUGGAUUUCUUCAACAUCCUGAAUGAGAUUGUAAUGAAGUUAGUAACUAUGAUCAUGUGGUAUUCCCCUUUGGGCAUUGCUUGCCUCAUCUGUGGAAAAAUCAUUGCAAUCAAGGACUUAGAAGUAGUUGCUAGACAACUUGGCAUGUACAUGGUCACUGUGAUUGUGGGUCUUCUCAUCCAUGGAGGGAUCUUCCUGCCUCUGCUCUACUUUGUGAUAACAAGGAAAAGCCCAUUUUCAUUCCUUGCUGGGAUUUUCCAGGCAUGGAUCACAGCACUAGGCACAGCUUCCAGUGCUGGAACAUUACCUGUCACAUUCCGGUGCCUUGAAGAAAAUCUAGGUAUUGAUAAGCGUGUAACAAGGUUUGUUCUCCCCGUUGGAGCAACUAUUAACAUGGAUGGAACUGCCCUUUAUGAAGCCGUGGCUGCCAUCUUCAUAGCACAGAUGAAUGGAAUUGAGCUGGAUGGAGGCCAGAUAGUUACUGUGAGUUUGACUGCCACCCUUGCAAGUGUUGGAGCCGCCAGUAUUCCCAGCGCAGGACUCGUCACUAUGCUUCUGAUCCUUACUGCAGUGGGUCUCCCUACCCAGGACAUCAGUUUGCUUGUUGCUGUUGACUGGCUUUUGGACCGGAUGAGAACGUCAGUCAAUGUAGUGGGGGAUUCUUUUGGUGCUGGCAUUGUCUACCACCUUUCCAAGGCAGAACUUGACACCAUUGAUUCCCAUCAUAAAGGGCACGAAGACAUUGAAAUGACCAAGACUCAGUCAGUCUAUGACGACAUGAAAAAUCAUAGGGAAAACAACUCAAACCAAUGUGUUUUUGCAGCUCACAACUCAGUCAUAGUAGAUGAGUGCAAGGUAACACUGGCAACGAAUGGCAAAUCUGCAGACUUCAGUGUUAUUGAAGAAGAGCCUUGGAAACAUGAAAACUAGGGGAAGAGAUUCCUAGCUCCAUCUUUAAUAAGCCCUGAAGUUACCUUCUGGGAAAAGAUAUCAUGAUUAAAGAAGAUUUCUCUUUUUUCUGUUUAACAUCUAUAGUUUCUGCUUACUUAAUUUCUUAACUGAAAUUUAGCAAAGAUCUCAUCAAGUCAUUGUAGUGUCUUUGCCAAGCAAUGAUCCAUAACCAUUUGUCUCCCUUGUGUUACUGUUUGGAUGAUGCAGCUGGAGAAUACUCCAUGCAGUGCAAUGUGCCCUCACCUGCCUCCCCUUUCAUUCAAGACACAGAGAAUGUAAAUGCUGCAAAAUGGGAAGGUCAAAGCUCACUAUAGGGACUCAGGGUCACAAAUACAAGAGAAACAUAACACCACGUAAACCUUCAAGUGUUUUGGUGACUCUUGUGGCAUACCUGAUCUAUUUAGCACUGUAUGGCUAAAAUAUCUCUUGAAAAUGUCCAUAAAGAUUUCUAUUUGUUUUAAUAAUAACGAGCACUGUAUGUUUGUGCCUAGUUGUACUUUAAACUCAACUUAGAUCCAGGGCAAGAUUAAUGUAUAGAAGUCAAUAAAUUAUCCCAGACAUUUUGUUAGAUCAGUACAACUAAUACUUAGCAUCAAGACAAGACUUUAGAUUUGGAUGUGAAUGCGAUGUGUUUUUAUCAGCUGUCCCAGGGCAGGUGCAGCCUUUAUUUUAUGAUGGGGCUGUGCUGCUGUGUGACCACAAUGCAUCAUGUAAUACAAGGCAGUAUUAUUGCAGGGGUGGUAGUUCCUUCACUAAAUCUAUGCCUGAUGUGCAAAAUACAGAAUAUCGUGGGCUCAGUUAUGUCAUUCUUAAUCAAAGUAGGUAGCACCUUACUCUUCACCCUUCUGUCCCCUGAUGUCAGAGGGAUUCCUCAUGUGGACAGGACUACUCAAAUAAGGUACUACUAAGAUCGAUCACAGAUGUCAUGAUUGGGUACUUGAUAAUGAGCUAUAAACAAAUUCUGAAUCCAUUACUCUAAGAAACUGAGAGGUUUUGAAUGUGAUCAUCAGUAGCAUUUGGUAUGAAGUGAAAGCCGUCUUUCAAGUAUAUGUCAUAUUUCAAAGAAUGGCCAAAUCCUGAAAUCAUUGCUAAGCCAAAUUCCAUAUAAGGUUGAUAGAAUUUGGCCAGGGCUAGGACUGAAUGAAGAAUAAACCAGAAUUUCAGGAUUUAGACCAGAACAUUGAAUCUGUCUCUCUCUCUCUCUCUUUUGCAGAGUAACAAUUCAUAUAACUCUCUAAUGUCAAAGAAAUGUUUCUUAGAGCACAUGGUGUCUGAAUUAACGAAAUGGUGUUUAGUCCACAUAGUAUAGCCGACUCAUCCUGUCAGAAGAAAUUAGUCACAAUAAUCACCCUGCGAAGUGUUUUUAAAGGUGCUUGUUAAUACUCAGCAAUUUAAGACACUGGUGAAUGCCAUUAUACUAUUAGCAAUGUUCUAUAGCAAUGCUGAGCCAUGUGGCCUUGGGAGGCUCUACCUACAGAACAAGCUUUGUGCAAUUUUUGGUGGAGCUCUCAGAGGUUCUCAGAAUGAAUUAGAAUAUGAGCAUACGGUGAACUUAAAAAUGGCAGAAAACAGACUUGAAGCAUUCAUGGAUACAGGUCAUUCAGUGUCUGUGCUCAGACCUGUCAUGGGUUUAAACAGGAAUAAUGUAUUUAGCUCUGUAGAAGCUAUUAAAAUACAAAUAUAAUCUGCUUUUGCUCAUCUGCAUUCAUAUAAAUAUCUCCAAAAAUGCACAUGGACCUGGGCCAGCCAAGGCUACUUGCAUGAUUAAUGAUGUGCAAGUUCAAGUCCAUUGUCAGAGUAUCCUUCAUUUGAAAUGCUUCAAAGCAUUUGUUGUCAUGGAAUAUUUUUCUUGCUAUUGUAUUUUUGUCCUCACUUGCAUGCCAUGGCUACAAGCCUAAGUCAAAUGGCCUAUAUAAUUUAAUAAAUAUUGAGCCACUGUGAAUUCUGUAGGCCUCUAACAUGUAUUAGAGGUAGAGACCUUUUCCAGAGGCCUCCUGAAGCAUCUUAAGGAUUUUUUUUUUUUUGUGAGGGAUGGAAUUGUAGGCUAUUAAGACAAGUGGUAGGCAGGUUGUCUCCUCUUUUCUUCAGUAAUUGGUAUUAGCCUAUCCAGAGUUAACCUAUAGCUAGCUGCUGCUUCUCCCAAUUUGCAUUCGAAGACAUUUUUACCACUGGUUUAUGUGCUAGAACUGUGCCUGCAAUAGUGUGUAGGUAUUCUAAAGAGUGCUAACUCACAUCAAGUGAAAUUUGUUGUGACUUGGCUGGUAGUUAUAUGCAAGAAUAACACGCAGUGCUUACUCUGGUUCUCGAUCUGUUUCAUUGCAUAGCUCACCCGUUAAGAGAUUAACAGAUGACUUGCCAUCCUCUUCACUGUAGCACUUUCUUAGGAGCAGCCACAUGGAUUGCUUGCCUUAAAAGUAGCUUUACAAAACUGGUCCCUAGACUUUUAGCUGUCCUUUGAAACUGUUUAGCAGUUGGAAACAAAUAGGAAUGCCAGCAACUUGUGACUAGGCAGCUCCACAAAAUUACAUAUUGCAAAACAUAAUAUGCUUACACUUAUCCACUUGGGAUGUAUUGUCCUUUGAAGAGUGCUUCUUUGGAUGGAGACUGGAGGUGGAAGGAAUGACAUGCUAGAGAAACCCCACCUACAUAAGGGAGAAUAAAUUUGGGUCUUUUGAAAAGACUAGAAUAGCAGACUGUGAUUUUAAAAUAGUAAUUCUGUAGAUACAGUAACUCAGGGACAUUUAAAAAUAUAAUUACAAUGGUAUUUCUCUAUUUAAAUGUAGAUGUAGGAGAAGGAGAAAUGUUGUUUCUGGUAUACUCCUCUGCUUUUAUCCUGACUGAAUAUUUAAUAUAGUGUUACUCCAGUGCAGCACUGUAUUUAACCAUCAAAAAGCUUCCCAUUUCUCUGGGAAAAUGUAACUCACUCACUCUUGGCUUGCAUUUCUCAAUUUGCUCAUUCCACAUGAGGCUACUUAAGUAAAUAAACAGAAAAUAAUCCAGAGACCAGCCACUUCAGCUAAUACAAGGUUCAGGUUUUCAGCAGGCAGUGCUGGUUACUGGCCAGUGUCUUUUUAGUUUCACUAGGAGUGUUGAUGCAUUAAUUUCAUCUGCCAAAUCUUUUGUAUUUGUUCACAGUGCUGGAGUGGCAAAGUUAAAGGAAAAGCACAGUGGAAAGUGAUUUGUUUUCUGUGUAGUUCCUAAACAAAUUAAUAUUUCUUUAUACAUUCAUUGUUUGCUGCUCUGUCAGUUCCCCCCACCCUUGUCUGUGCAGCUGUGAUAUCCUUUGCUCUUUGGGUUGCUUACAGCACACUGGCACAUGGAAAAGUCUAGACUGGGCAAAGACUCAGUUAAUGGCAUGCUUAAUUAAGUACAUGCUUAUGCAUUUGCUUUAUGUAUUUACUGCUGAAACUAGGUCGGCAUUCUCAUAAUAUCUGUUCACUGAAACUAAAGCACACUGUAUAUUAAAACUAAAGAAGAGGUGGAGCACUUUGCUACUGAAUUUAUUUGUUCAUUGCUUCCCUUAGAAGAUAAAGGCUGCACCAGCAUUGUGAGAAACGUGUGGAUCUUAUACAUGAAGGUGCUUCAAACAAGUAGGGGAUGAGCCAUUUGAACCAUAUUAUGGGAUGUGCUUCUUCCAUUUGAAUUGAUGAGAAACUCAGUAUGUCUUUGAAAAACUGUGUUUGCUGCAGUAAAACCUGUGCCUGCAAAGCUCUGACUACAUGAAAGCGCCACAUGGGAGUCAUGGGCUUCCAGGAGAGGUCAAGUCCCUUCCUGUCUUCAUUAAGUUACAAGACAUUUCACAGUCCCAUCCUAGGGAAUAGUCUUUGUCUGCUAUUUAUAAUAAUGACGUUGAUUCUCACAUCCAAAAGAUUUCUGCUUUUUUGCAUAAUUGUUUCUAUGCUACAAGUCCAGCAAUGAAUUUAAAACUCACACAAAAGAUCCUUACUUACAAAAGUAAGGUUCACUAUCAUUACGUUUUUUUCCCAUUUCUUCCCUGAGAUACAGCUGAUCUCAAUUUCUUUCUCAAAGCACAUGGAAUUCCAAACUUCAUUUCACUUUAAAAUGUCUGGUAAUAUAGAUUUCUGAUUUGUUUUCCAUCACUUCCAGGGCCAUUAGUUUUCCCACAGUAGAUACUCAGAAAAGCAGACUGUUCAUCUGAGAAGCUGCAGCAACAGCGUUUGAACAAAUUUAUUCUGGCAACUGCCUGGAUUUUCUUUGCUUCCUUGCCUUCGCUUGUGUUGUUGCAGUCUUGUAGCAACACAGCAGCAAUCGCACAAAUCCCCAAAACCGUAGGCAGUAUUAAACCUCACCUCUGACAUCCACUUCUGUAAUUACCUUUAAAAAGGCUCUGAGCUUUAGUGCUGGGCUUAGAAGAAUCCUUUCGUGAAGGUGUAAAGGUAUAACUGUGUCUCAUUUCAUUAAGUUCCAUUUGUCUACUUUUAUUGCUGCAUUUGAGUUAUUUUACAGAAGGAUAAAUAAGGGCACUUUAUAAAAACAUACUGUAAUACGAGCCAGAAGACUAGCCUUGAUUUUAUUAGUUCUAAGGCCACAAUUAAGAUAUUUUUUCAUAUUAGUUAUUAUGAUAGGUGUAUAGUCCAUUGGGACUCAGCUAUAAUUCACCAUAUAAGACUAUGUAGAAGCUUCUGUUCCCAGCAGAAAGCACUCUCAGGAAGAUGUUUUCUUCUCUCCAAUCAUAUUGAUGACUUUGAAGGAAAAAUAUUUACCCAACUUCCUUUGUUUGCAUAAUGAUAUAUAGAAUGUAGCUUCAAGAACUUGAAAAAAAAGAAAAAAAGGAAUUGCAAUACUGAAGUAUCAAAGGUGGCAGUCCAGCUGUAAACAAAUUGUUCAGCUUCGCCAUGUUAUUUUUCAAAGUGCUAUGUUCUUACUCACAAUUUACCUGAAACAAUGUAUUUAGUGCAUAUUCCUUCCAAAGUUAUUGAUCUUUCUUCCCACAUAGACACAAAGGCUGUGUCUCUCUGUGUUCCUCAGACAAAGCACAGACUGCAGUUCUGCACACCUAAGUCAGGACUCCCAGUAAAGUCCCCAGCAACACUGCCUGGGCACAAACUGUACAAUGAGUGCCUCCCUCCCAUCAUAUUUGAUGCUAAGUUGAAAUCUGCUGCUAUGAAUGAGUCAAACCGCUGCUGAUGCACAGGUGCUGGUAAUUCUUUUACUUCUUGUAUGAGUGGGCUCCCUGGCACAAGGCUCUGAGGAACCAUCCCUUGCAUGUGCUCACCAUCCCAGAGACAUCUUCCCCCGCUUGGGGGAAACUUGGUAACUUCCCACUACCAGGUUGAUAUAAACCCUAACAGAUAAGAUGGUUGUGCAGUUGCAACUAUGAGUCUUACGGAAAACCCAGGCUCCAAACAUUGAAAAAACCUAGAGCAUAUGGCUGAGCCUCUGAGUAGGUCUCUACUAGUCCAGGAUGGAAAAAAAACAGGCUAAUGCAGGAUUUGGGGAGGCAAGAAGAUUUGUGAGAUUUCUCACUUCACCCAACCUUUGAUCCCCUUUCACUUCUAAUUACAUACUGCUGCAGAGCCAAUGCUAAUCGAUGCCAGCCUGUCCAAUCCUUCUAGUCUGAUUUUUCAAAAUUCAGGAGUCCUGCAAUUGUUUUUAAUGAUGCUCUUUGGUGCACACCAUUACAUGAAGAGAACCUGUCAUAGGCAGCAUCACACAACCUGGAUUGUCUGGUACCUGUAUAUUGCUUUGUACAUAAAUAGUAUAGUUUGCAGGGAUUUUUGUAUCAUUCUUUUCUAUUUUUUUCUGUAGUUUUUCAAAGACUGUAUGCAAACUGCGUUUACAAAUUGAUUUUUCAGUCAAUAUUGUAGAUUAUAGCAUUUUCAUUUUGGUGUUUUGUAUGGGCUUGUGACUUCUUGUGUAUUACAGGUUGUCCUUCCUUCCUAAAGACAAUUGCAUAAAUGUCCAUCCAAUAUAUCCUGCUCCUUUCUUACAUAUAUCCCGUUUCCUAUGAUCUGGUGUGAACUCUAGCUUGUAGAAUGCAUGAGAAAAAGCUGCAUACCUAUUUAUAUUGUUAAAUAUUAUAUGCUCAAUACUGAUUUAGUUAUUAAUACAGGUUUUAGGGGUUUGUACUUGUUCUCUGGAAACUACAGUGUAGACUAAACUAAAUUACCUAAUAUCUGUAAUUUACAGACAUGCUAAUAUUUUCUUAUAAUGUUUUCUAUAUGAUGGUAUAAGGUGGGGGAUAAUCCUUUAAAGGUGAUCUGUAACUUAGAACAAAACCAGUUUUCUUAUAACAUUUAGGUGCGAUGAAAUAUUUUUGUGUUAUAUUUAGUGAUAAAUUAUAAACAAAGCACAAAAUGCAAGAAGCAAAUAGGAAUUUCAAGAUGUCCUUCAAUGCUGCAGUUCAUUAUGGAACAGUGUUAUAAUACUCUGAACAAUCUUCUAGAUUGACUGUCUUGGGCAAUCGUCCCUCAUUUUUGUCAUUUUUCCUGGUGUUACCUUUGCCAAAUCCUGCAGUUCUUUCUUAGGAUCUGAUCAUGUAUAAUUGACUAACUCAGAAUACAGUUUAUAGAAAACUGGAGAUCUGGGUAGGCAAAAAAUAUGUUAUCAGGUACCCAGUCCAUCUUGCUACAAUACAGCAUAUGUGAGUUCAGCCUGUGGAAAGAGUUCAUGAUUUGGCCACCUACCUUUGCCUUCUUGAAAAGGGACCAACAGAACCACCAUAGGACCAAUGUAAUUGGGUAGGAUCUGUACAAAUACCUCCUGCUUUCUUAUGUAUUUUAAAGAGGACAACCACAAUAUUUUUUUUGACCAGUAGAAGUGAGAGUUGCUUCUCUAUUAUGGUCAUCUGUUCCCAUUAGGCAAAUACUUGUUGGCAUUAAGGCUGUGGCUAUAAUAAUUUCUAUUUAAUUAACAAGGAACUGUUUUUAGAGGAAUAAAAAUAAAUUAAUAUAGAUAUUCAUAACAAAUAUAUUGCAAAAAAUCUUUUAUGGCCUGCUAUCUCUUUGACUGUGAUUCAAAACAAAGAAAACAUUGACCAGCAAGUACUGCUGUCCCAGUGCGACUGCUACUGGGUAUGUCUUCAACUAUUCAGAAAUAUAUGAGGCCAUGUUAUUCUGCUGAGGUUUUAGAGACUAGAUUUCUAGUAGAUAUACAUGUAGGAAGUGUGUUGAUAUACCCUUGUAUUUUAAUCUCUUUCUUGUAUUUUAAAUCAGAUGUACCAGGUAUUAUCUUCAUAGGAACCACAGGUAAAAUAGUGCUGAGUAACGAAUAGCUGUAAAACCUUAUUGAUACUAGUUUUGACAUUCUGUUGAUGCAUGAUGUCCAGUGCCUCUCUGCACUUAGUGUAGACAAUGUAGCUAUCAACAUGUAAUUUCAGUGAAAUGGUGUAUAAAGUAUGCGUAGUAGUGUUUUAAUUUAAUUAGUUUCUGUGUACUGAGCCAUGGUAGAAAAUUAGACUGUCUUUUAAAAUUUUGUUCUACUUUCUGUUUUUCAUUUGUAUCUGAGUUUGUUUCCCUUUGGCCAUUCAACUGCUUAGGUUCCACGGUUCAGUAACUGCUUUAUCUGUCUAUUAUGGAGUAUCCUGUUCUGAUAAUAUUCAGAAUCAUGUAUGCAGCCAACUUAUUGUAAAUAUGUUAUUUUUAGUUUUCAGUUGUCUAACCAGUGUGGUAUGUGCUAGUACCUGCAUGUGCGUAGUUCCCUGGCAGUGAGUGAAAGUGAUAGAUUUGCUGCCUUGUGAAUGCAAUUGCUAUGAUGUUAAAAAUUAAUGCUCACCUAGAAUGAUUAGUUUCUGGUUUUUUUCCUCCUGUUUGUUUGAAACAUUGGGACUCUUUAUCACCAGAAGUUUAGUAAAUCACUGUUUAAAUUGGCACAAUGAAUAAGGAGAAAUCCAUGUAACUGCAUUCCUGCUGCAUGCCCUGGCUGCUUUUGACUCUUUGUGCACUGUGUAUCAUUCAGCCCUUAGUCAUGUCACGGCAUCACAGGAUCCCUCUGAGUCACUUCCAGUUUCUCCUUGACCACAGAUGCCAACAAAGCAAGUGCAGUCACAUGGCUGUGAGUGGGCAAGGCUGCAGGCAGCCCAGAGCUGCUGAUUCUCUCCAGAAUGCCCAAGAAGUCAAAGUAGGAACCUCUGCUUCAUCCCCUUUACAGGAACAGUCUUUCAGAAAGAUGAAUACAUUCAUAGGUGAAGGUGCACUGUUUCUUUCAUUGUUACAAAAGGAUAUUAAUAGAUAUUGGAAAUGAAAUGCAAAGCUAAAUGCUCCUCAAGCUACUGUGGUUGGUGUACAAGCCUGUUAUUUUUAAAAAGUAUGUCUGAUCAUAAAACAGACAUAUGAACUACAUAGUCAGUAGCAAAAAUCUCCUGAAAUCAGGGGUACCGUUCAGAUCUGUGAGAAAAUAAGACAUUUCUGGGGCAAAACUUGAAGGUGGUUCUGACAGAGCUUGGGACAGCAAGAAGCAGCUGGUUCAUUCCUAGAUACCCUGUGCCUGGUUCUCAUAUAUAUAAUAAUUUCCUGUAAGAUCAAAAUCAGGCCCCAAAGCAUAGGAAGUAUCCUUGGCGAGUCCCAUUACAAUGCUUCAGUAUGAAUUGCACACCACAGCUGUGCAUUGCCUAUUCAUCGUACCUUUCACCCUCUUAAAAGUGACCAGGCAUGAGCUGGGAUGUUUUGACAUGUUUCAUGUAAAAAGAAUAAAAAGGAAUAGGGAUAUAGUUGGUCUUUCAAAAAGUUCGCCAGAUUUUGAAAUAACUUACUGUACAGUAUCUAUAGCACAGUUUGUUUAAAAACUAAUGAAUGCAGAUGAUAAAACUUCUCUCAACUCUGGGCUCUGUUCUUGUAUAUUGUAGUUGGAAUGCCUUGUAGACUGAGUCUAUUUUUGUAGUUCAGAUCCUUUCCUCCUUACAACAAUUGAUAGUCAUUUGUUUUUAAUGCUUUCUUACGGUGUGAACUGAUUUCUGUAACUUUCAUGUAUAAAAAAAAGUAGACAUUCUUUCUAUACUGGAAAUAGUCAUGAAUAUAAUAUUUCACUAAGUGUUGUACCUCUUAUGUACAUAUCAUCAAUAAAUGUUGAUUGAUAAUUUUCA